AGCAUUUGACGCCUCGUACAGCAUCAUUGUGUUGCCUGUGGUAUUUUUUCCCAUCCCGAUGGGUUAUGCUGACUCACUUUUUGCAAACUGGGUAUCACUCAGUAACGACGUUGCUCUCAUUAUAUUUACCACCGGUUUUAUAUUUCUUGCUGUCACUAUACUUAAUCUGUUUAUAUAUCGUUGUCACGCAAUUGUUCCUCAUGGAAGUUUUCUGAAAACAAAUCAAGUAGGACUUAUGGUCGUUUGCCUAAUCCUAUUUAUUAUUUACUUUGUGCCCGUCAUGGCUACCUUAGCAAAUGUGUUUUCCGAUCAAGUUGAGGCUAGGGAAUGGGUAUUGAAGACGUACUCAUGCGCUCGAUCGGCUAUAGAUGCUCCACGUCUUACGAUCUAUAUACAACCCAAGAUAUUGAACGUUGUAUAUACAGUCACAGCUCUCAACAGAACUAGACGCAUGCAAAGACGAUUCCUCAUCACGCUCUGUAUCCAGAUCACCAUUCCCUUGAUCACUCUUCUUAUACCGAUUGUAGUUGCGCUAUGGAAGACUGAUUCACAAGCCACAGGAAACUUGAUAAUGAGUGGUUUUGGUCUACAUGGGCUGACGGCACCAAUGUCUUUACUGUUGUGCAACGAAAGUUAUAGAGAUUUUGCACUCAAAAUUUUGGGAAUGCGUAUGUUUAUGCCAUAG